AAACCCUGGCCCGAACAGUCUUGGCGCGCUCAAACACAGCGCAAGAUAAGAGCGAGAGCGAUGGUAAUGGCGCUUGAACAAACCCUAUCUCUUUCCUCAUCGCUGUUACCAAAACACACCCUCCUCUCCAUCCCAAGAAACAGAUUCCGAAUCGCUUCUCUCUCGCAUUUAGAUGCUGCGAAACGGCUCCGAUUCGCCAGACGCUUCCCAAAAUGCUCAGCUAUGGAGAACUUCAGCAAUUACUCUACAUCCUACCGUAAACCUCCCGAAAUUCCAUGGAGUAAGGAGCUAAGCAACUCCGUAAGUCUCAUCGGGACCGUUGGUACGCCUGUGGAGAUCAAGCACCUAGCCUCGGGCAAGGAUGUUGCUUGGACGCGGCUCGCCGUGUGGAAGUCAUCUACUGAAACAUCUUGGAUAAAUUUAACAUUCUGGGAUGAGUUGGCACACAUUGCUUUUCAACACGUCCAGAAAGGCAACCAGAUACAUGUAUCUGGUCGGCUGGUAGCAGAUCUAGUUGAAGCUGAUGAUGGGAAACAGCAAACAUACUACAAGGUAGUAGUUCAGCAGUUGAAUUUUAUAGAAAGAAGCAUCUCAACAGCACCCCAUCAUGAUCAGGACUCUAAUUCCAUAGUGGCAGGGAGAAAGCUUGGCAAUGGUGCUGCUGAUAAUAUGGGGUCCACACAAGAAUUAUGGCAAGCAUUCUUUGCUAAUCCUGUCGACUGGUGGGACAAUAGGAAGAACAAGAAGAACCCUAAAUAUCCAGAUUUUAAACACAAGGACACUGGGGAAGCCUUGUGGGUUGAGGGCAGGUACAAUCCACCUUGGGUGAAGUCCCAACUGGCAGUACUGGAUAUGAGAAUGGGUUCUCUUGAUGAACAGGAAGCCAAAAUGGCUAACUUUGUUACCAAUCUUGAUUUCCCAUCUUAUUAAAUCCCGACUCUGGAUUCCAUAAAAUUGUUUCCAACCACCAAAUAUUUUGGUAAGAUUCUCUCUGUGCUGUGGCUUGUAUAGUUUGUAAAUGUAUCUGUUGUGGCCUGUAUCUCAUCAUUGUUAAUCAUCUCUCAGUAAUUUCAAAUUGAAGAGAAUGCCCCAUAAAGAGACAUUUGGAAUUUUAUGAUAUCUUGAAUGCAUUUAGUUUAUAGUAUAUUGAACUUCUUGGUGGUGCACAAAUCAGAGGAAAUCUUUUUUGUAAUUUUGUAGCUUCUUCAUGAUUAUUGAUGGUUGGAAGACUUUUUGUAA